CUGAACUGAUAACGUUUUUGCCUACACCUGAAAAUCAGUUUUCACUUCCAUUCAUAGUUCACCGACCAGAAGAGAAUUUUUGAAAACAAAUUCAACCUUUUAUUUUUUAUCAGAGAGGUGAUGACCAGAUUGGAAUGUUUGAUAUUGCUUUCAACAUGCUCUCAGCUAGUAACAUCGUGGAUAUUCAAAGAUUAUCCUUAUGCCGAUUUGAGCUUCAUUGAAAAAAUCAGGCAUGACGGAUAUCCUCUGGAGAUGUACGAGUUGACCACCGAAGACAAUUACAUCCUGACGACUGUCAGGAUCCCCCACGGAGUGCAAUCGAAAAACAAGACAGGAAGGAGUCCCGUUUUGCUCCUCCACGGCAUGGGGGGAACCCCCGAAAUGUUCGUCAUGUUGGGGAAAGGCAGGGCCUUGGCCUACAAUCUGGCCGAUAGCGGGUUCGAUGUGUGGUUCUUGAGCUCUAGGGGAACGGAGCUGUCUCAGAGACAUAAGUAUUAUGAUAUCGAUAAGGAUUUAGAUUAUUGGAAUUUCGACUUCCACGAAAUAGCAAUAUACGAUAUACCAACUAAUAUAGAUUUCAUCAUGAAAAAGACCGGACAAAAGGUGUUUACUAUCGGUCAUUCCCAAGGAAACACUUGUUACUUCAUCACUACAAGCGAAAGGCCAGAGUACAACGAGAAAAUCAAAAUAGGUGUUUCCUACGCUCCAUCUCUUCGGUUACACCACAUGGACAUACCAUUUGCGAAUUUAUUUGUCCAUCUUGUCGAAGUUUUAGAGGCUAUCUAUAGGUUACUAGACUUACGUGAAAUAAUCCCAUUUUCCAAGAUUGGUCUGGAUAUUAGUAAAAGAUUAUGUAGAGAACAGACAUACUUCUUGGAGUUCUGCAACAAAGUCAUAUACGUCAUUGGAUCUCAUGAAUCCAAAAUCAUGGAUAAGGAUAUGGCACCAGUAUUAACCAGUAGUAAUAUAGGAAGGGCAUCUGCCAGACAAUUGUUUCACUACAUGCAAAUUACGAAAACAGGCCAAUUCAAGCAAUAUGACCAUGGCUGGAGAAACAAUCUGAAAAUUUAUGGAAAUGAAACCCCACCAGCGUACGAUCUGAAAAAAUCCACAGCUCCGGUAGCUCUCUACUACGGUCCAAAAGAUGAUCUAGUUAGUCCAAAGGGUGCGAUUGCAACGAUGAAAAGCCUCCCCAAUGUGGUUUUGUUUGAGAAGGUAGAUUACGAGCAUUUCAAUCACUUGGAUUUCUUGUUCGGAUGGAACGCAUCCGAAUUGGUAUACCAGAAAACAAUACAGUUAUUCAAAGAUUUUGAUAAUGGAAUAUUGCCGUCCUAUAACCCACAAGCGGAAAAAUGUCAGGAGAAAGACUAAACUUGUGAAGAAUCCAAUAUCAGAAAGCGAAUAUAUUUGUAUAAUGGAUAACAGGAUAUCCCUAACAAAAUUAAAAACUGCUGAACUGUUA